AUGUCUAUUGUCGCGACCGAUGGUGAUGAUGUCCCUGCUCCAGCACGGUUACCCCCACCACCAGAAGAUGUAACUACAUCAUCAUCAUCAGAUAGCACAGUGAAUGUCGCUGGAGCUGAGGACAAUACAGAGGCUUCACAGUCCCCCAGGGAGUCUCAGAAGGACGAUGAACCUGGUCCUCUUAUUAGAGACGGUCAUCAAAUUGAUAUACCAAUUGACCCUCCGGGUGUUAAGUUCUCUAUACGGACAUUUUUCAAGUAUGCUGGUCCUGGUUGGCUUAUGUCAUUGGCGUACCUUGAUCCUGGCAAUCUCGAGGCAGACCUUCAAGCUGGGGCAUUCACAGGUUUCCAGUUACUAUGGGUGUUGUUACUGGCUCAUAUAGCGGGUCUACUACUACAAAUAUGUGCCUGUCGUAUUGGUGCUGCUACUGGUGAAAGUCUGGCAGAGAAUUGCCGUAGAGGUUACUCGAGGAGAGUGUCCAAUAUACUAUGGAUAAUGAGUGAAAUCGCCAUCAUCGGAUCAGACAUUCAGGAGGUCAUUGGAACUGCUACUGCCUUUCACGUGUUGUUCGGUAUUGAUAUGUGGGUUGGUGUUCUUAUCACAGCAGCUGAUACUCUCACGUUUUUGUUCAUACAAAUAUUCCAUGGAAUGCGUGUUAUGGAGGCGUUUAUAUUCAUCCUUAUCAUGACGAUGAUGGGGUGCUUUUUUGCUAAUAUGGCAAUAACAGCGCCACCAGCAGUAGAGGUUGCUAAAGGCUUUAUACCAAACGUAUCGAGCUAUGCUGUUAUGGAGUUGGUUGGUAUUGUUGGUGCUGUUAUUAUGCCGCAUAAUCUCUAUCUACACUCAGCGUUGGUACAGUCUAGGAAAAUCGAUAAGAAUAAUCACGAGUUUGUGAAGCAGGCUAAUAAGUAUUUGACCGUAGAUGCAUGUUGUUCUAUCCUCAUAUCGUUCAUCAUCAACAUGGCAGUGGUAUGCUCCUUUGCAUAUGGCAUGUUCUCACUACACUGUGCGAGAAUGCCCAAGGGACCAUUUGCAUGCCUUAGCAGUCCAGAUGAUUGGAGUACGAGUACGUGUGAUCCGCUAAACCCUGAUUGUCACUGUACAACUUCGUAUGGUGAGACAGGGGUGUGUGCUAUGGUUGGACUUGAAAAUGCAGCAGAGGCCUUAGGCGCAGUGAUUUCAUCGGAUGCUAUGAAGUAUAUCUUCGCUGUUGGUGUAUUGGCAGCAGGGCAAGCGAGUACCCUUACUGGCACCAUGGCUGGUCAAUACGUUAUGGAGGGUUUUAUGCAUAUCCGUAUAUCAAUGUGGGUAAGAGUACUAUUAACACGUACUAUAGCUCUAGGGCCGGCCUUGGCAAUUGCUCUAGUUGAGAGUGAAGUAUCGGGUAUGAACGGCAUCAAUGCAUGGUUGAAUAUUCUGCAGUCUAUACAGCUACCCUUUGCGUUGUUACCGUUACUGCACUAUGCGAUGAGCAAGAAGGUUAUGGGCACGUUUGCAUUGAAUAGAUGGUGGAGUGCUGGACUGUGGUUGCUGGCACUCAUUAUCCUCGCUAUUAACGUUUACCUUAUCAUCACUACACUGGUCCCCUUAGAUUGGCCUUGGUAUGCAUGGGCAAUUAUUGGUGUUGUAUUCUACCUGUAUGUUAGUCUAUGUUUCUAUUGUGUAGAAGACGACUUGUCCCGUGGGUGCUCCAAUGUGAAGCAUGAUAUUACAUUCUUCCUCAAGCCGGUUAUUCGAGGCUUUAAGAUGCUCUAUGGUCAAUGCAAGAGAGCAUUUGAUAAGUGUAUUGGAAGGAAGGAUGAUGAUGAGUAUGGUGGUGGUGGCCCUAGAGGGUACGGCGGCCCUCAGCAAGGUAUGAUGCCACCAGGUGGUGGUGGUAUUGGUCGUGGUCAUCCUCCUCCUCCAGCAAUGGGAGGUAUGGGCCCGAGGGGUGGCCCGUUGGGUCCGAUGGGUGUCCCUGGACUACCUAAUCGUGGCCCACCAGGUGGGGGUGGCCUACCUAGGGGCCCUCCUAUGGGCAUACCGAAUAGAGGAUUCCCACCACAAGUACAGCAGGUUGGAGGAGGAGGAGGACCAAGCACCACGCAGUCAACUACUACUCCACAUCAACAGCCGUUGACUGCCGCUGGUUUGGCCGCAGCCCCUCCGGCUAUACAAAAGCAGAUGUUGGGUGAACAGCUGUAUACGCACAUCCAAAGGAUCCAACCACAGCUGGCCGGGAAGAUUACGGGUAUGAUGCUCGAGAUGGACAAUAGUGAAUUGUUAAUUCUCCUCGAGUCGGAAUCCCAGUUACGUUCGAAGGUUGACGAGGCGCUGAUGGUGCUUCAGACGAAGUAGUGGAUAAGAAGAGUUAAUUGAUGUUACCGAUUUAUCACGAAUGGCGUGAAUGAUGGCGGGCUGUGAAGUUAUGAUGCCCAGAUGGAUUUUAUUGACAUUUUUGAGUAUUUUUAACGUUGUUAUGGUCUCCGAUCGGCGAUGCGAUCUUGAUGGAGAAAUUGUGUGAUGACGAUGAUUAUGAUGAUGUUGUUAUGGGAAGCAGUGAUGAUGAAGGUGAAGGUUAGUAAUUUGAUAGAAAAAGCGUAAAAACGACAACAAGUAGGAUACUAGUGUUGACGAUGCUCAUGAUAAUGCUGAUGUUAAGGGUGGAUAGUAGGAAUAUGAUG